CAUGUCUUCCUUGUUUAGAAACUGAGUGGCGUCGUUCGCAACAUAUUUUUCGUUUCACAAAAUCACAAUCCCAAAUGUAACAAUUGAUUUGUGGAUACGAAUUAUGUCAUACUUUUGGUUAUAACAACUUUAAUGGGUUUUUUCUUUUCUUUUUCUUUUUAAAUUGAUGAAUGACUCCAUGAGCUGUCAUUUUUACAGUGUGUUUGGUGUCGCUGUGUGUGUGAAACAAGUGACAGAUGCCACCGGUAAACGUCAUCGUAAAUUGGUUGCCUGAUGUGGAACCGUAAAGUUAAUGCCAUUUUUAUUGGGAUAUUAGCUCUAUAGAUAUGGCAGCAAGUUCGUCAUCCUCGAACCCCGUUGACUGGGAGAUUUUGGUUCCUGCGGGCCCGGCGCUGGCGUUCCACACAGGAUGUGUGAUUAAUAACUGUCUGUACAUCCACGGAGGAGUGUCUCGCUGUGGAAGCACUACCCCAGCUGACAAACUGUACAGACUGAGUCUUGAAGAGCCUCUUUGGAACGAGGUGCGUGCUCCUGGGUGUCCCGCCAUAAGUCAUCACACCUGCAUAGUCCAGGAGAAUCGCUACAUGGUGCUCAUCGGUGGUUGGAAUGGGAAAAAACGAACAGGCGACAUCUUCGUAUUUGACACGGUGGAAGAGAAAUGGAUCACGCCACACUGCGAGGGAUUUCCACACGAUGCAGGCCUAAGUUCGCACACAGCCACCCCUCUCGCCAACGGAGAGAUUUUAAUCUUGGGGCGCGAAGGUAGCUUGAGAAUUCAGCGCCGGACAGGAAAUGCUUUUUUACUUACGGGGAACGUGAAGAAAGGUUUCACUUUUGCGGAAUUCAGCCGCGGCGUCACAUCCCGCUCCGGUCACACAACCAAUAUAAUUGGCUCGAAUAUGAUAGUGAUUGGCGGACGCCAGGACAAUCUUCUCGAAUUGCAGAAUGGUUUUUCCAGCAGUCAUUUAACUAGUGCCGUGUGUUUGGAGAAAAUUGUUCCGAUUUGUGCCACGCUUCAGCCCAUGUCGAAACUUCCAAGUGGAAGAAAACACCACAUAGCCAUGUCGGGACCAUGUGGAGUGUUUAUUCACGGAGGUGAAGCGUUUUAUGGGCUGACACGCGAACCGGUCGGAGAUAUGUAUUUUAUUAAGAUAAAACCAAGCGUGCAGUUUUUCAACCUCAGCACAAGUAAAGUCUGCAGGUCGGGUCAUAUUUGUUUCACGAAUGGGUCAAAGAUUUUUAUUCAUGGAGGUUUCACUGGGAAGAGUUUUGUCUGUUGCGACUUGUAUGAGUUAAAGAUAGCGGAAUCUCCGUCAGUAAAUAAGGGUCCCUCAUCUGCCUCGAAACGUACAAGAUCAUCACUUACCUGACAUUUGUUAUUGCAUGUAUGCAUCACCCAGGAAAGAAAAAAAAUAAAAGGAUUGGG